AUGUUCUCCUGGAUACACCGGGAACCCAAAAAUUCCUGGUGGAUCUUGUCAAGAGUGUGAGUGUCAUCCACAUGGUUCACUGCCUGUUCCUUGUGACCCUCUCACUGGACAAUGUGUGUGCAAGCCUGGAUCUACUGGCUGGAAGUGUGCAGGAUGUGAACCCUGGCAUGCUCGUGAAGGCAUAGCAUGUGUUUCUUGCGAUGAUGAGUGCACUGGUGUCCUUCUUCGUGACUUGGAUCAGUUAAAUCAGAUGACUCUAAGUGUUAAUCUUAGCGGACCACUUUAUCCACCAUAUAAAAUGCUUUAUUCUUUUGAAAACACAACCCACGAAUUAAAGCAUUUAUUGUCACCUCAGCAAACACCAGAAAGACUUAUUAAUUUGGCACAGAAGAAUUUAGAUACUCUUGUGAUAGAAAUGGAUGAAUUGCUGACAAGGGCGACCAAGGUGACAGCAGAUGGGGAACAAACUGGACAGGAUGCUAAGACAACUAAUGAGAGAGCGAAGUCGCUUGGACAGCUCAUCAAAGUCACCCUCCAGGCUUCAGAAGGUGUAAAUGAUGAUGCUUUAAAACUGAACGAGACACUUGGGAUCCCAGACAAGGCACUUGACAAAAGCUUUCAAGAAUUACAAAGUGAAGUUGACAAAAUGAUGGCAGAACUUAGGAAGAGAAAAUUGGAAGUGCAAAAGGCAGUAGCUCAAGAUGAAUUAGAGUCAGCAGAAGACCUCUUGAAGAACAUGAACAAGCUAUUUGUAGAGCCAAAGAAGAAAACUGAGGACCUGAAAAAUGAAGUCAAAGAGAAACUAGCAGACUACCAUGAUAAAAUUGAUGAUGCUCUGAACCUGUUGAGAGAAGCAACUAAUAAAAUUCGGGAAGCAGACAGACUAUCAGCAAUCAACCAAAGAAACUUGACAGGAGUAGAGAAAAAGAAGCAAGCUAUAGAAAAUGGACGACAGGAAACUGAAAAUACUCUAAAAGAAGGAAAUGACAUCCUUGGUGAAACUAAUGAACUUGCAAAUGAAAUCAAUUUGGCUGUGGAGAACAUAGACAAUAUUAAAAAUGAAAUGGGCCCACUUUCAGUUGAACUGAAGGGUAAAAUAGAUAAUCUAUCUGGAGAUAUCAAAAAUAAGAAACUUCCAGAAAAGGUACUGCAGGCAGAAGCCCAUGCUGCCCAGCUGAAUGAUUCAUCUGCUAUUUUGGAUGGAAUCCUUGAUGAAGCUAAAAACCUCUCCUUCAAUGCAACAAUAGCUUUUAAGGCCUAUAGCAAUAUCAAGGACCAUAUUGAUGAAGCAGAUGCAAUUUCUAAAGAUGCUAAAGCUCGUGCCAACGAAGCCAUAAAAUUGGCAUCUGGUCCAGAAGGCUCAUUAAAGGAUGCUGCCAAGAAUGCUUUACAAAAAAGCUUCAAGGUUCUUAAUGAUGCCAACAAACAGGCAAAUGAUGUUAAAGAAAAUGAGGAUAAUCUAAAAGGAAUGCAGAAUAAGUUGCAAGUUGCAGGGGAAAGAAACUCAGCUCUCUUGAAAGCUCUGAAUGACACCCUGGAAAAGCUAUUAGCAAUUCCAAAUGAUACAGCAGCCAAAGUACAAGCAGUUAAAGACAAAGCUAAGCAAGCUAAUGAUACUGCAAAUGAGGUACUGGCUAAAAUCAGAGAUCUCAAUCAAAACCUCCUUGGAUUAAAAGACAGAUACAGAAAAGUUGCAGACGAUGCAGCCAAAACAAACGCUAUGUUGAAAGAUCCUACUAAAAAUAUUGCUGAUGCAGAUGACACUGUUAAAAAUCUAGGUGAAGAAGCAAAUCGGUUGAUGGAUAAAUUGAAACCAAUCAAACAACUUCAAGAUAACCUGGGGAAGAACAUCUCUCACAUUAAGGAUCUGAUAAAUCAAGCCAGGAAGCAAGCCAAUUCUAUUAAAGUAUCUGUGGCUUCAGGAGGAAACUGUAUUCGAACAUACAGACCAGAAAUUAAAAAAGGAUUGUACAACACUGUUAUUCUCAACGUAAAGACAACUGUUCCUGAUAAUCUACUUUUUUAUCUUGGAAGUAAUAGAUAUACUGACUUCUUGGCCAUAGAAAUGCGUAAAGGAAAAGUGGAUUUCUUAUGGGACGUGGGAUCUGGGGUUGGGCGUGCAGACUAUCCGGAUCUCACAAUUGAUGACGGAGUUUGGUACCGAAUUGAAGCAUCAAGGACUGGAAGAAAUGGCACAAUUUCAGUACAGGCACUAGAUGGUCCCAAGGCCACCAUCAUUCCAAGCAUUUUCAGUGCAAUUUCUCCACCUGGUUACACAAUUUUAGAUGUGGAUGCAAAUGCCAUGCUAUUUGUUGGAGGUUUAACUGAGAAAAUAAAGAAAUCUGACGCUGUGAGAGUCACUACAUUCACAGGAUGCAUGGGAGAAACCUAUUUAGACAGCAAACCAAUAGGACUGUGGAAUUUCAGAGACAUUGAAGGAGAGUGUAAAGGCUGUGCUGUCAGCCCCCAGGUGGCAGAUGGUGAGGGAACUGUUCAGUUUGAUGGAGAAGGUUAUGCUACCGUGAGCCGUCCCAUAAGAUGGAACCCCAAUAUCUCCAUGGUCAUGUUCAAAUUCAAGACAUUUUCUUCUACUUCUCUCCUGAUGUAUCUUGCUACUCUAGACCUGAAGGAUUUCAUGAGCAUAGAACUCAGUGAUGGGCAUAUUAAAGUCAGCUAUGAUCUAGGCUCAGGAACAGCUUCAGUUGUCGGUGACCAGAGCCACAAUGAUGGGAAAUGGAAAUCAUUCACCUUGUCAAGAAUUCUCAAAGAAGCUAAUAUAUCAAUUGUAGACAUAGAUUCUAACAAUGAGGAAAUCAUACCGGCAGUUUCUCCAGGAAAGCAUUUUGGUCUCAAUCUGAAAGCUGAUGAGCCCAUUUAUUUUGGUGGAUUGCCAUCGCUGAGAAGAAACCUAAGUAUGAAAUCAAGACCAGAAGUAAACACAAAGAAAUACUCAGGCUGUCUCAAAGAUAUUGAAAUUUCCCGGACACCAUAUAAUCUUUUAAGUAGUCCUGACUAUCUUGGCAUUACCAGGGGGUGCACAUUGCAGAAUAUCUACACAGUCAGCUUCCCUAAACCUGGCUUUGUGGAGAUGCCGCCAAUCCCUCUUGAAGUGGGAACAGAAAUUCACCUGUCCUUCAGUACUAAAAAUGAAUCUGGUAUCAUACUCUUUGGUACUAAUGAAAUACCUGUACCUCCAAGAAGGAAACGCAGACAAACAGGGCAGGUGUAUUAUGCUGUAUUCCUGAAUGGAGGUCGACUUGAAGUACAUAUUUCUACUGGAGUAAGAGAACCACGCAAGAUUGUUGUGAAACCUGAGUCUGGCGAGUUUCAUGAUGGCAAAGAACACUCCCUUUGGUUGGAGAGACUUGGAGGGCUGUUUGCCAUUCAAGUAGAUGAGGACAGAAGACAGUCCCAACGUCUCCCAACAGACCAAGCUAUCUCCAUUAAAAGGCUUUUUGUGGGAGGAACACCACCUGAAUUUCACACACUCCCAAUUAAAAGCAUACCUGCCUUUGAUGGCUGUAUAUGGAAUCUGGUUGUCAAUGCUGUUCCAAUGGAUUUCGCCCAAUCAGUAGCCUUUGAAAAUGCAGAUAUAGGACAGUGUCCUGAUUCAGGACAACAUCAUGAAAAGGAGGAUGAAGAUGGAACUCCUGAAACAACAAGUCAUCCUGAACCAGAGAAGGAAGAAAGGAAAGCAAGUACAACUUCUCCUCCUCCUCCUCCUUUCCCACCUUUACCGGAGCAUUGUGCUGCUGAUGUGGAGCCCAUUGCCUUGGAAGGGGCCAUGCAAUUUGGCCUCUCAAGAAACAGCCAUAUUGCAGUUGCAUUUGAUGACACAAAAGUUAAGAACAAACUCACAAUUGAACUUGAAAUCAGAACAAAGGCUGAAAAUGGGCUGCUUUUCUACAUGGCUCGGAUCAAUCAUGCUGAUUUUGCCACUAUCCAGAUAAAAAAUGGUUUUCCGUAUUUCAGUUAUGACCUUGGGCAUGGAAACACAAGCACUAUGAUUCCCAACAAAAUCAACGACGGCCAGUGGCACAAGAUAAAAAUAUUCCGAAGCAAACAACAAGGAGUCCUGUCAGUUGACGGAACUACAAAUAGGACCACUAGCCCAAAGAAAGCUGAUAUUUUGGAUGUUGUGGGGAUGCUGUAUGUUGGGGGAUUGCCAAUUAACUAUACAACAAGAAGAAUUGGUCCAGUUGUCUACAGCAUUGAUGGAUGUAUGCGAAACUUUAGAAUGUCAGAAUCUCCCAUUGAUCUAAAUAAUCCUACCUCCAUCUACAACGUUGGAAGAUGCUUUGUCAAUCCACAGGAAGGAACCUACUUUGCAGGGACAGGAUUUGCCAAAACAGUUGGAGCAUAUAAAGUGGGACUAGACUUACAGGUGGAAUUUGAAUUUCGUACAACACGGACAAAUGGUGUUCUGUUGGGAAUCAGCAGUCAGAAAAUGGAUGGCCUUGGCAUUGAGUUGGUAGAUGAAAAUGUGAUGUUCCAUGUCGAUAAUGGUGCUGGUCGGUUUUCAGCCAUUUAUGAACCUGCUAUAACAGGGAGUUUGUGUGAUGGGCAUUGGCACAGAGUGGUGGCACACAAGAUGAGGCAUCGUUUAAUGCUGACAGUGGAUGAUCAGCACGUGGAAGGGAUCAGCCCUAAUGCAGCUUCCACUUCAGCAGAGACAAAUGAUCCUGUCUUUGUUGGAGGAUAUCCUGAUGGAUUGAAGCAGUUUGGCCUGACCACUAAUAUUCGAUUCAAAGGCUGCAUUAGGUCUCUGAAACUCAUCAAAGGGACAGCCAAACCCCUGGAGAUUAACUUCAGCAAGGCCUUGGAAAUAAAGGGAGUGCAACCUCUGUCCUGCCCUGGGAAUUAAAGAGAAAAAUCGUCAAAUUGCAAUAGGAAUCUGUGAGCAGUAAUGCUAACAAAAAGAUUCUUUUACAAAUAUGCCUGUGAUAUAUUCCAAUACUGCCAUUUCAGGGUGUACUUCUAAAAGCAAUAUAAGACAAGAAAAAAAAUCCCUUAAAAUGAAUAAAGC